AUGGAGCACGAAGAAAACCAUCUUGGGGGUGACAAUGUUGCUUCCAGCAAGCUGGAGAAAAAGCAAUUCGACUUGGAACCUACUCUCUCUGUCGCCGAGGGCCAGGUCGAUGCCGACGAGACCACUCAUGGCAAUCUACAUCGCACGUUGAGUCCGCGGAUGAUCCAUGUGAUCUCCCUCGGGUCCAGCAUCGGAAGCGGGCUCUUCAUCGCGACGGGCAAAGCCCUAGCGGAGGGCGGCCCCGGCAACAUGUUCCUAGGCUACCUCGUGGUCUGUCUCGGGGUCUGGGCGAACCUUCAGACCUUGACGGAGAUGACGAUCGCGUUUCCGACCUCGGGGAAUUACAUCGACUAUGCGGAUCGGUGGGUGGAUCCAGCGUUGGCGUUCGGGGCUGGGUUCGCCGAGUGGCUUGGGUGGACCUCGGUGUUUGCGUCCGAGGGGACUUUUCUGGUUAUCCUGGUGAACUUCUGGGCCGGGGGCGUGGUGCCGGAGGCUGCUUUGCGUGAGUUUGCUUUCUUGUUCGUCUUCAUCACGAUCAUCUCACUGGCCAUUAUCGGCGGCGCGGGUCCGACAGGAUAUGUACGAGACGGCAGCACCUGGACCGAUCUGCCCGCCUUCAAGAACAGCUUCGGAGGCUUCUCAAACGCCGCGUUGCUCGCCAUCUGGGCCGUCGGCGACCAGGUCUUCAUCGGGGUCAUGGCCGGCGAGGCCGAAUCCCCGCGCUACUCCAUGGCGCACGCAUCCAACCUCAUCCCCUGGCGCGUCGCCGUGUUCUAUCUGGUGUCCGUCGUACUGGUCUCCCUGAUCGUGCCGUCCACCGACUCCCGCCUGCUGGGUGGCUCGAGCGUGGCCUCGUCGCCGUUUGUCAUCGCCGUUCAGGACGCCGGCAUCCCUGGUGUCCCAGACCUGAUCAACGCGUGCAUGAUCAUCGGCAUUCUGGCGAUUGCGCUGGAGUGUAUUUUCCUGCCGUCGCGGAUCCUCCGCACCAUGUCUCUCCAGGGACUGUUGCCCGCUUUUGUGGCGCAGGUGGAUAAGAAGGGUCGGCCGAGGUGGGCGCUGGCCAUCACCGCGGUCGCGGGCGUGGCUCUGACGUAUAUGAGCUUGAGCGCCGGCGGCACGGAGGUUCUUAACUGGCUGAUCGCCAUCACCAGCGCCUCCUUCUUCUCCAACUGGGCAAUCAUCGCGGUCACCUCCUUUCGUUUCCGGGCUGCGAUGCGAGCGCAGCAGAGUCUAAUGUUUCAGACUCCAUAUGCGUGGCAGUCUCUAUUGUGGCCUCUCGCCCCCGUGACCAGUCUUGCGGUCUCGAGCGUGUUGCUGGUCUGUCUUCUUUACACGAGCAUCAAGCCGGUGAGCCGAGGCGGCUUUACAGCGUACAGUUUCUUCUCAGCUACGAUCGGAUUGAUCCUCAUCGUGGUAUUUACCAUUGCCUACAAGAUCCUUCGACGCACACCCUGGAGGGACCCCGCGACGGCGGAUCUGGUCACCGGUCUUCGGGAACUGAGUACAGAGGAGUUGCGGAUGUUGGAUACUUACUAUGGACGACCGCUACCAGGAAUCGAAACGACCACCCUCUCCGAAAUCGUCCAAAUCGACAAACACUACCUCUCGCGCAUCCAGCUCCGCACCGCCCUCAUCCAGCACAAGAGACCCGCCGUGCUGGGCACGACCCCGCGCGCCCUCCCCGCUGUCCGCGAGCUCUACACCUUCUUGGUCAACGACUACCUCCCGCAGCGGUACGGGGCAAUCUUCCACCGCCUCCCACCGUCCCCCAACCACCCAGAAUCAAUCACCAACACCAUCACCGGAGAAAUCGUCCCCUGUACACCCCACACAGACCCCGAAGAAGCCCUCGCCAUCAUCGGCCGCCAAGUCGAAGAGGACUUUUUGCUCCUUCUCCCUCCUCCUCCUCCGCCCACCACCUCCACGACCGGACCGAAAACGGAGCUCAGGGCGGAUGACUCGGAGAACAAGCAAAUGUCGCUGGAGGCAUUCAUCGGCUGCUUCCCGAACGGCUUCAGCUGGGCGGACAAAUUCACCAAAUCGCUGGCGGCCAUCCACGUCCCCUGGACCGUGUCCGUGGACGGGGAGCUGCAUGCGGCCGACAGUAUGCAUUUGUACGAAGGGGAGACGGUGGAGGAGGUUAAGGUGUUGGACGUUGAGAAGGCCCGAUUGCGGUGCGAGAGACAGGUGCUCUUCCGGCUGCCCCGCUCCAACGCGGUGGUGUUUGUGGUCCGCACGUAUAUGUACCCUUUGCAGGAGAUCAAGGAGGAAGGGAGUGGGCCGAGGAUGGUGGAGGCUAUCGCUGGGCUGAAGGCGGGCAGCUCCCCGGGGUUCCAUUUCUACAAGCGCGCGGCCGUCUGGCAGAGGGCCGUGUGUGAGUUUUUGGUCGGGAAGGGGGAGUCGGGUGGAGAGUAGGAGACUUACCGGGUUUUUGAGGAGGUGUCCAUCAACUUCGUUCUUCAUGCGAACAUACCAAGGUUCUACUGGAAAAAGAGAUCCGUAAACAACCCCCCCCCGGAGAGAUCUAAGACAUAGUCACGAGACCCUAUCUACCCUAACAUCAAGACAACAACAUCGCCCCAUCACCUCAUUACCUUGCGAUAAAGCCGGCGGGUUCACCGGCGGAUGGCUGGGUGUUGGGGCUCUGGGGGCGAGAGGCGCUAAUUGAAGGGGAUGAGCGCUGAGAUUUUGGAGGUCGGUAGAAAGGGUUAUAUG